AUGGAGAGAAUCAGAGAUUUGUCGUCGAAGAAAGCGGCAGUGAUAUUCACAAAGAGCUCAUGCUGUAUGUGCCAUAGCAUCAAGACGCUAUUCUACGAGCUAGGCGCUAGUCCGGCGAUCCACGAGCUCGAUAAGGACCCCGAAGGCCGUGAAAUGGAACGAGCCCUACGUGCCCUCGGCUCAUCAAACCCCGCGGUUCCAGCUGUUUUUGUCGGAGGAAGGUACAUCGGAUCAGCCAAAGACAUCAUCUCGUUCCACGUCGAUGGGUCGCUCAAGCAGAUGCUUAAAGAAGCUAAGGCCAUAUGGUUAUAG